CUCGAGGUGAUGGUGAUGAGCGUGCAGAAUCGGGAGCGCGCAAGCCCUCGGCCAGGGUCGUCCGCGCCCCUUCGAUGCAUGCCCUUCGCCUACCAUACGAACCCAGCAAGUGAGCUGGACGCAAAUGUCUCAAGCAUCAACAAUAGCAGGUUCCGCCACGCGCAGAAAGCGAGCAUCUGUCUCUGCCCGUUCGGCGUCGACUUCUUAAACCUUCUCCCAUGUCUCCCCUCUCCCGCCCUUCCCCGAACCGAUGGCUAUGACCAUGGCCGAGACCGUGAUCCGCAAGGCCUGCGAUCGCUGUCACGCACAGAAGCUCAGUUGCAAGCGCUACAACGACGAGACGUGCGAGCGUUGUCUCCGGCUCAAGACGGAGUGCAAGUCGAGUCCUUCUCUCCGGUACAGGAAGCAGCAGCAGCAACAGCAGCAGCAACAGCAGCAGCAACAGCAGCAGCAACAACAAACUCAACAUCAUCACCAACAACUUCCCGUCUCUGAAUCAGCCUCCAGCGGGUGCCGCUCUCCGAAGCGACGGCGGACCGACAGCGAUCCCAGCCUUGUCUCACCCGACGCGGGCGGCCUGGAGUCUAAGAGUCACCUGGUCACACCCGAUCCUGCUCUGGAAAUCGGCGACUUCAACUUCACCUUUGACCAGCUGGGGCUAUUCGCUCCCAACCAGCCUGAGUAUUUAUCUCAUCCCGGGCUCCCGAGCAGCGUCCCCCAACUCAGCCUCCAUCACCAACCUCUUCAACCCCUUCAACCUCUUCAACCUCCUCCUCCUCCUCCUCUUUCUUCUCUUCCUCCUCCCGUCAGUGUCUUUGCCGACUCUCCCUGGGACCCGCAGCCGACCUCGUCCGCCGACGCCUACCCACCGGUCGCACCAGGGCCUCUGCUGCCACCAUCAGACGGAUCCCUUGCCCACCAGGCUGUGGCCCUCCAAGGACCCUUAAGGAGAAUAGGUUGUGCACCUGCGCACGACAGCCCUGACAAGCGCCCACGCACCCGGACGAAACAACGCCCGAGGCAGAUCCAACUGUCCGACCGUGUCGAGGCUGCACCGUUGAUCAGGGAACCACCCACGAUUCACUGGAUGGCGCAGUUGUCCGACAUCAACGCCCAGAUUCUGGACCUCUCGUCGGCCUUGCCUUCGUCACUGGAGACGGCUCGCAAUGGGCCCUCUCUGGGAAUGCCAACCGAUGAGAGGUUCAAGAAUAGUGGGUUUCCCAUUGACGACAUGUUCCAGUUGACACGGAAAGUCGCCGACAUUCUCGAAAAGCCGCCCUCCGAGGCGACCGAAACCAUCGACGACUCGGAUCCAGGCAACUCCAUGUUCAUCCUAUCGACUUACACGCGGCUCUUGGACAUGUAUCAGAAGGUCUUCACCCUGGUCCAGUCCGAGUUGUCCAGGACGGGCUCGGACGCCGUGUUUCGGUUCUGGAAGCUCCCCGAUGUGACGGUUGGGUCAUUUGCAGUUGAGUCGUCUCCGUUUCUGCAAAUGUCCCUGACCAUCCAAGUCGCCGAGGAGUUUCUCUCGCGCCUGCGGAGCUCGACUGCGCGGUGGUGUGGAGGUGGAGGUAGUGCGUCCAUGUUUGCGAGUGUCGUCGAUAUUUCGUACCAGGCGUUCAGGGACCAGGAGCUUGCACUGGCAAAGCAUCUGGUGGAGUUGCGAAGCGAAAUCGAGGGCUUGUUGGAUGUCUAGGAAUCUUGGCUAGCUCUAGCAGUUAUUGAUGGUCAAGUGUUGGUAAACACUUGCUCUUGAGCGCCACGGUCCCAAUAACUAUCCUUAAUGUAGCCAUUUCAAAUCACGAUGGCACCACAAAGCCAGAUUCUAGUUGAG